AUGGAGAGAUCGUCAAACAUAUUGGCAUUGUUCUUGUGUUUACUGACAAUAAUCCCUUCCGAUCAUGCAAUCGAAUCGCCUCAAUACACAGUGGCGUUGUUGGCCAGUGAUUUCGAGAUCAGGCUCUAUAGGAAUUCCACCUGGAUGUCUGCUCCUCUCCAAGGAACCUCCUUCGAGGAGUCCACAAAGGAAGGAUUUCACAGGCUGUACCAAUUCAUUCAUGGCGCGAACCUCGACUCCUCUGAAAUCAAUAUGACCUCUCCUAUCGUGACGAGCAUUGCGCAAUCUUCUCAAGGGUCCUUCAGCUCAUACUGGGUCAACUUCUAUUUACCGGCCAAGUUCCAAGGAGCUCCUCCAGAGCCUUAUCUCGAGCUGAACUUGAAACUUGACGAGCGGAAAGCACGAUGCGUGGCCGUGAGGAAGUUCUCCGGGUUCGCUAGGGAUGAUAACAUCGAUGAAGAAAUGGAGGCUCUCGUGGCCAGCUUGGACAGCUACAUGUCUGGCGGGAUUGUUAAGGACGACACGAACGUGUUCGCAAUCGCACAGUAUAACGCUUCGUAUCAUCUCUCGGGACGCUUAAAUGAAGUUUGGCUUAAGGUCGGUUUCCCCGGUUGUUGAUAAAUGUCAACCUUAAGCAUGGUUGCAGAUAAAUGUCAACCUUAAGCAUGU